AUGGAGGACGACGUUCACAUAAAGAAACCCGGUCCCACCAGAGGCUCUCGCAGCACACAGCAGGCCCCCACUCUGGUCCUCUCUGAGACCACGGAGCCGGAGCUCAGACUGGACUAUUCCCAAGACCAGUCCACAGAGAUCCUCCACAGACCGCAUCACUGCACCAGUGUCUCCGCAGACAGCAGCGGGCGUCUCACUCGUCCCCACAGCAGCCGCUCAGACCUCACCCACUGCACCAGGCCUCACCGAGGACCCCCCCCAGAGACCCCACCGGAGCCCCCACCGGAGCCCCCAGGGUCGCCCAGGCCUCCUGCUGCUGCUGCGGCGGCUGAGUCCCAGUGUGAGACGGGAUACACCACCGGAGACACCGGCAACGAACAGACCCAGGACCUGUCUCUGCAGCUGCUCAGUCAGUACUCAGUGAUCCUCAGUGAGGACCAGAGGCGUCGGUACAAAAGAGACUUUGACUCAGAACUUUGUCGAUACAAAAGUGUGUGUUCAGAGAUGGACCACAUCAGUGACCAACUGCACAAGCUGAGCCGUGAGCUGGACACGCUGCAGCCCUCCUCCUACAAGUACCAGGGAGUGGCAGAUGAAUACAACAGACUGAAGGAUCUGAAAAAAACGGAGGAUUAUCAGGCCAAGAAGAAACAAUGCCGAGAAAUGAGACAAAAGCUGUUCCACAUCAAACGCCUGGUGAAGAACUACGACCAGGGCAUGUGCUGA